CGGUUAGCUGUUUCUCUCGUUCUCUUCUCUGUUCUCUUACCUAUAAAACCAAAACCGCCUCUCUCUCUCUCUCUGGCUUCGCUCCUCACCUUUCGGUUUCUCAGAUUCAGAUCUGCGCAUCUCAUCUCACCGGGAAGAUAAGCGUUCUGAGGAUUUGAGCGGAAGGACGGAAACCGAGAAGCCAUGGCGAUUGUCUCUCCUCUUGCUAAAUACAAGCUCGUUUUCUUAGGCGAUCAAUCCGUCGGGAAAACCAGCAUCAUCACCCGCUUCAUGUAUGAUAAAUUCGAUAGCACGUACCAGGCUACGAUCGGAAUUGAUUUUCUGUCAAAGACAAUGUACCUUGAAGAUCGCACAGUUCGUUUGCAGCUAUGGGAUACUGCUGGACAGGAGAGAUUUAGGAGUCUUAUUCCAAGCUACAUCAGAGAUUCUUCUGUUGCAGUCAUUGUCUAUGAUGUAUCCAAUCGGCAAUCAUUUCUGAGCACCACUAAGUGGAUAGAGGAAGUACGCACUGAACGAGGUAGUGAUGUGAUUAUUGUCCUUGUUGGGAACAAAACCGAUUUAGUUGAAAAGAGGCAAGUUUCUAUAGAGGAGGGAGAUGCCAGAUCCCGUGACUCUGGUGUCAUGUUCAUAGAGACCAGUGCGAAAGCUGGAUUCAAUAUCAAGCCAUUAUUCCGAAAGAUUGCUGCUGCCUUGCCAGGAAUGGAGACACUCUCCUCAACUAAACAAGAAGAUAUGGUCGAUGUGAACCUGAAGCCUACUGUAAAUUCAUCCCAGCAAGAGCAGCAAGGAGGUGGCUGUGCUUGCUAGAGCAUUACAUCAUCUAUUGGAGGACAAAGAGUGAUAUAAUUUGAUUCAGUCAAUUUCCAUGUCAACAGUUGGAAAAGGAUAAUCUCAAGGAUUACUAAAGCUAAAUUAGAUCACGCUUACACAGAUCAAAUGCCCUUGGGGAAAUUGUUGGUUCACUAAAUGGCAAGUCAUUACAAAUCUUGGGCCAAAGUAAGUGCUGUUCAUAAUAUAUUCAUGUUUUUUUGCAGUAGCAGUUGUGGUUGGUCGUUUAGUCUUUUCGAGGUUGUAUAAUGAAAGCGAGUCUCUUUUUUUUCCCUUUUUCCUUCAUUUUUUUAUUGUAACAUUUUUGUGACAUUACUAGUUACUGCUUGCUGAAGAUUCUUCAA